UCUGACCUGUGAUGAAGAGUUUGCAUUGGGGGGCCGGGAAAUAACAAAGGCCCUUAUCAUCCUGCUCACCAGUCCAGCCACACAGGGACAAGAACACCCACCGAGGCCAGGCCGGCCUGGACAACCUCGUUUCACUGAAGCUGCAGGAGAAAACAGGAGCGAAAAACUAUACACAGGAGGGGAAUACAAACAAUGUCCAUCUCAAGAAGCCAAGUCCCGUUCCCUUGGCAACCGGUCAACACAGUGAGUCAACAGGAAGGAGAACAGAAACUUCUCAAAAGGUUCAGAGAUUUAAAAAAGAAGAAGGGGAUGGAGGACCAGCACUGAAUACAUUAGCUUGAGUACAGGGUGACUGACAUCAACCUCAUAGUAUCUACUGUAAAUACAGAGCUGAGUAGUGCUUCCUUCCUUCUCCUGGUGGAGGACAACAUGAAGAAGAAAAAAAAGCGGCCCCGAAAAUUCACCAAAAAAGAGCACACUAAUGUUCCCAUGGACAAAACUUCGCAGUUCAGCAGGCCUGAGUUUGAGAGCUUCCUGUUUGAGAUGACUCAGUGGUUUUCGGAUCAUCAGCUGCAGGUGGACGAGUUGUUCAGUCACAGUGACGCAGACAGAAGUGGAUCAGUCAACCUGAAGGAUUUUUACCUGGGUCUAAUGAACUUGGAUGUCCCUUGUCAGCAGUUUCAGCUCCACAUGCUGACUCAGCAGCUGAAGACUGAUGACAACAUGAUCAGUUAUCGAGAUUUGAGCACACAGGUGCAGAAGAAACUGAGACUGAAUGACAGCACAGAGAUUGACACUCAGAUAUCAAGAUGUGAUCGUCAGCUGUCAAACCCUGAAGAGGACAUGAGGUUCAUCCGUCUGAGUGUCAGACUGAUCCCCUUCGACCCUGCUGCUGCAGCUCAUCCAGGAAACUUUGAGAUUGUUUUGCUGAGCAGCAGUAGAGUUCUCAGUCUGAUCAGGACGAUCCAAGAGCGGGUUGGGAUCCAGACCACCAGGCUGGAGGUUUUUCGGAGUAGAGUACCCACAGAGGAGGCUCGCCUGCCCCCAGGAAGUUUCCUGGAGGAAUGUGGCUUCAGAGGAGGGCCAGAGGAAACUCCUCCAGAGGACACUGUGUACUACGACUACACGCUGCUGUUUACAGACUGUCCCAUCCUCAACUGUGACCACUACUUCAGCUCAGCGCCAGACUCUGCUUCCAUAAGGAGCGGUCACUAAAUUAAAUACAAAAAAAUUACCUCACAGUGUUUUUAGCCAUGCAUGCUGUGGAAGCUACUGUUGGUUAGUCCACCAUUUGGGCGCAGACUGAAAUAUCUCAAGUAUUUGAUUCAGUGCCUUAAUGUUUCAUACAGAUGUCCAUGCUCCCCAGAGAAUGAAUCCCUCUGAUUUUGGAGAUCCCCUGUCUUUUUCCUCAAGCACCACCAUGAGGGUCACCUUUGUGGGACUGUUCAGGCAAGCUCAUGCUACUAUUGAAUUAAAUAUUCAACCCCCACCCUCAAUAGAUUUUUUUCUAAUAAUUUCUAGAUGUUUGCAGUGUCUGAAAUACUUUGCACAUUUGGAAAUCUGAAACAGGAUAUGGACUGAAAGUUAAAGUCUCUGCUCACCCACACAGGUGUUUUCACUUAACUUGACGAAUCACUCCUCUAAUCAGGUGUGACGACUUGAGGAGGUUGUUUGGAUGGUGGUGGAGGAUGUAUUUAGUAUUAUAUAUGAUGUUUUUGGAUUACUAUUACUGCUGCAUCAAUGUGUAUGCACUGCUGUAGAUGUUUAAGGUUGUGAACUCCUUCAUAUACUGUAGUUUAAUCUUGUAGCAUCACUGCCCUGUGAGAACCACGAAUCUCUUAGAAAGUCAAGUUUUCAUGGUGUCAGGAAACAGCCCUGGUUUCAGCUUUGUGAUGAUGCAUGUUUAAGCUGAUCCAAGAGGGUUUUUAAAGAGUUUAUUUGGCUUAAGAAUUUUAUCCUUCAGUUUUUCACAAACAUUAGAUUAACACAUUUUGAGAUACGUGGUUUUCACUGGGCAGGAAGGAGAUGAAAAACUGUAGCCUGAUCUGUAACUGAAGCUGUCAGACAAAUGUAGUGUGGUAAAAAGUACAAAAUUUACUGUUGAGAUAUAUGUAUCAGUGUAAAGUUGCAUUAAUAGUAAAAAUUUGAGUAAAAAAAGUACAAGUACUUUUAAUUUGUAAUCGAGUAAAUGUACUUACGAACAAUUUUUUGCCCUUGUCAUAAUAAGCUGCAUGUGAGACAAGCAGCAUUUAACUGGUUAAAAAGCAGUAACCAGCAAAUAAAUAAGCCAACUAGAUGAAGAGAGACGUUGCAAGUACAAAACCGAUGUGACCUUUUCUGUAUGGAUACAUAAAUAUAAGUACAAGCUAAGCAAUGAAAGCCUGCAGUGUGAACAUAAAGUUGAACUCUUAAAAGAAGAUUAAUGUCAGAAAGCUGCAGGGGCGUCUCACACUCAGCACCUUGUUUACACUUUAAUUACACUCUCCGAUGUGUUCACAUUGAAGUAACAGGGAGCAACAUGUUGAAAAACCUUUAUACAGAUAUAAAGCAGUGUUCUGAAUUGAGGCCUCAGGGGGCCACAGGGGCUGGACUGUGCUGGAGCUGGAGCUGGAGUCAGUGGAAAGUGCUUGGCUAGUGGAAACCACAGAGCAGCUAUAAACAGCGGCUGGUGGCGACCACUAAAGCGUGCCGACACACCCAGCAGCUUCCCUGCUGCUCC